AUGUUGGAUGUGCUGAUAGUAGGUGGUGGCCCCCAUGCUCUCACUCUGGCCACUCUGUUGUCCUGUCCUAACCAGCCUGUCACAUCCUCCAGCACAGACAUCCUCCAGGGCAUCCAGCUAAGCACCAGCAAGUCAAAGACAGGCCGCAACAAAAACAAAAGGAAAUCACAUAACAAGCCAGCGCUAGAGGACCAUGAAGAUCAAAAGCAACUGCUGUGCGAUGCUCUGCACUUUCAGGUGGUGGACUCAUAUGGGGAAUGGGCCUCUCUGUGGGAGAGCCAGUUUACUGCCCUAAAUAUCCCCCACCUCCGCUCUCACAUGCUGGUGCACACUGACCCACUUAAUAAGGGGGCGCUGCAGGAGUUUGUCACGGGGCAAAAUCGCAUGGCAGAGUUACACAGUCUCCCAGAGCACAUUUACAUCCAGGAUGAAAACGCUUUUUUCAAUGAUAACCGGCUGGGUAAAAAGGACAAGAAACUGCUGAGUUCCAGUGUCGGCUUGCAAAAGAACCUCUACUUUAGCCUGCCAAGCACCAGACUUAGUAUUGACUUCUUCAGGGAGCAGGUGCGCAAGUAUGACCUAGACAGUGUCCUGGUCAAAGGAACAGUGGAGAAGAUCAUUCCUGUUGUGUCAAACAAAGAGGUGCUGUUCUUCAGAGUAGCUCUACAAAAUGGCGAUGUGAUUGAAGCCAAAAGAGUUGUUAUGGCAACGGGUCCGACACGGGCCCAAAUGGCUAAUAUUCCAGAUUGGGUAUCAGUCAUUACGGAAAGCUACCCAGAGGAGAGUCUGCAACACACUGUACAACUCAUGCACUACCUCCCUCUCUUACAAGAACAGGAAGUGAUGGAAAAGCCAGUGGGAAUCAGCACUCAGAGGACAGUCUCUGACUUAGCUUUGUUGCUGAAUCCAUGUGUGUAUGCAGGUCCCCCAUUAGUGUGUCAGGCAGGCCAGAGAGUGAUGGUGAUUGGUGGAGGCCUGACCAGUGCCCAUAUCAUCUCAACUGCCCUCCAGCAAGGAGCAAGCCAUGUGACCUGGGUUCUACGCAAACACUUACAGCUGAAGCAGUUUGAUGUUGGGGAUGUGGAGAGUCUGAUUGGACGAUAUUCUCAUGUUGAGCAUGGGAUCAAGAUGGAUGGCCUUGCCUACCUCCGGCAGUUCUACAACGAGAGAAGCCCUCGCAAGAGGUUGGCCAUGAUCAAACAGGCCAGGAAGGGAGGAGCAGUCACACCUGAGGCCUACGCUCAACUCCAGCCUUUCAUUCUGAGUGGCCAGCUGCAUAUUAGAGCCUACUGUCAGGUCACAGAGGCUAAAUGGUGCUACCAAAAUCAGAGAUGGCAACUAUCACUGAGUUGUGGUCAACAGUGGGCAGGGGAAAGAAUCUGGCUGGCAACAGGCUGCAAACUGGACGUGAACCAAGACCCCAUGCUCUCUGAUGUCAUCAAGGAAUUCCCUGUUCAGGUCAUAGAAGGUUGGCCAUGCAUAUCCGAGACAUUACAAUGGGCUCCAGGAUGUCCCCUUUACCUGAUGGGACAAUAUGCAGCACUCCAGGUCGGCCCUCAUGCAGUAAACCUUGCUGGAGGACAAGCAGCGAGCUGGAGAAUUGCUAAAGAUAUUAUUAGCCAACACAGCAGCAGCAACAAGAUAACACAGCUAGGAAAAGCGGAGAAGUCCCGGACAGAGGAGUACAUUUCACAGAUGCACGGUCUUAUGUGGUUAUGA